AUGGCGGACGAGAGUCUCACGCCUGAGACCCUGUCCGGCCGCAACCUCAAGGCCGUCGCCGACUACAUCAAGGAAGGCAAAGCCGAACGCAUCGUCGUCAUGACCGGUGCCGGCAUUUCCACCGCCGCUGGAAAUCGGAAUCCAGCCUCCGAUCGCACCACCUUCUCGAACGUUGAAAACACACAUCUGCUUCUUUGCCGAGCCGCUGACUCGCUGACCCCGCCCGUAGUACCCGACUUUCGCUCCCCCGGCACAGGCCUCUACGCCAACCUGGCCCGGCUCAAGCUCCCCUACGCCGAGGCCGUCUUCGACAUUGACUACUUCCAGAAACACCCGGAACCCUUCUACUGCCUCGCCAAGGAGCUCUACCCGGGCCGCUUCCACCCGACCGUGUCGCACGCCUUCAUCGCGCUCCUCGCGCAAAAGGGCCUGCUGCUCAUGAACUUUACCCAAAACAUCGACUGCCUCGAGCGCAGCGCCGGCGUGCCGAGCGACCUCAUCAUCGAGGCCCACGGCAGCUUCGCCACCCAGCGCUGCAUCGCCUGCCAGGCGCCCUUCCCCGACGACGCCAUGCGCCGCCACGUGCUGGAUGAGGUGGUGCCGCGCUGCGCGGACGAGGCGUGCAGCGGCGGGCCUCGUGAAGCCCGACAUCGUCUUUCUUCGGCGAGGCCCUGCCGGCGCGCUUCCGCGAACAACACGCCACCCUCGCCGCGCGCGCCGACCUCGUCGUCGUCCUCGGCACGAGCCUCAGCGUCUACCCCUUUGCCGGCCUGCCCGAGCACGCGCGCCCCGGCGUGCCGCGCCUGCUGCUGA